CUAGUCACAGUAAACAGAACAAAUGGGCGGGCUUCAUCCUCUCAAUAAAGAAAAAGAAAAUGAAAAAGAAAAAAAAUUGCAACGGUCUUCGUUAUCCAAAAGUAUCUUCCCUCUGCAAAUUCCCUCCUUCAUCUUCAUCCCCAAAAUUCUUCUUUUUUUUUCUCUGUAACUUCAAUUUCAAAUCAAUCUACCUUAAAACCCAGAAAAACCCUAAUUAUUUUACCCCAAUUUCCCCAUUUCUGAUGCAAAUUCAUCUCCACCCAAUAUGCUAAAAACCCUUAAUUUCUCCCUUUCUCUCUCAUCUCAAUCUUUUUUCUCUCCUAAACCAAACCCACUUCCCAAUUUCCCUCCUAAUUCCUUUAAUCUACAAAAGUUCCCUUUUUUCUCAAAAUCCCACUCUCUCUCCUCUAAUUUUAGGUCCAAAGCUAAACCCAAAGACCUAAUUUUGGGCAACCCAUCAAUCAUAGUUGAAAAGGGUAAGUAUAGUUAUGAUGUUGAAACCUUAAUUAACAAGUUAAGUAGUCUCCCACCUAGAGGUUCUAUUGCUAGAUGUCUUGAUGCCUUUAAAAACAAGCUAUCUCUUAAUGAUUUUGCUUUGGUUUUUAAGGAAUUUGCUCAAAGAGGGGAUUGGCAGAGGUCCUUAAGGUUGUUUAAAUAUAUGCAGCGCCAAGUUUGGUGCAAACCUAAUGAACAUAUAUACACUAUUAUCAUUGGGGUGUUGGGUAGAGAAGGGUUGCUUGAGAAAUGCCAUGAGGUGUUUGAUGAAAUGCAGGUACAUAGUAUCCCUCGUAGCGUGUUCUCUUACACUGCUUUGAUUAAUUCGUAUGGUAGGAAUGGUCAGUAUGAGACUGCCCUUGAGUUGUUGAAUAGGAUGAAGAAAGAGAGGGUGGCUCCUAAUAUAUUGACUUAUAAUACUGUGAUUAAUUCCUGUGCUAGAGGUGGGUUGGAUUGGGAGGAAUUGUUGGGGUUGUUUGCUGAGAUGAGACAUGAAGGGAUUCAACCUGAUAUUGUGACUUAUAACACGCUGCUUAGCGCUUGUGCUAGUAGAGGGCUUGGUGAUGAGGCUGAGAUGGUCUUUAGAACUAUGAAUGAGAGCGGGGUUUUGCCUGAUAUAACGACGUAUAGCUAUGUUGUUGAGACGUUUGGCAAGUUGGAUAAGCUUGGAAAGGUCACUGAUCUUUUGAAGGAGAUGGAAUUGAGUGGUAAGUUGCCAGAUAUAUCGUCGUAUAAUGUGUUAUUGGAAGCUUAUGCACAGGAAGGAUCUAUUAAAGAGGCUAUGGGGGUGUUUAGGCAGAUGCAGGAAGCAGGUUGCAUGCCGAAUGCUAGUACAUAUAGUAUUUUGUUGAAUCUGUAUGGUGGCAAGGGGAGGUAUGACGAUGUUCGAGAGCUUUUCCUUGAGAUGAAAGUAAGCAAUACUGAGCCAGACGCUGCCACUUACAAUAUACUUAUACAGGUUUUUGGUGAGGGUGGAUAUUUUAAGGAAGUGGUGACUUUAUUUCAUGAUAUGGUGGAGGAAAAUGUUAACCCGAAUAUGGAAACCUAUGAAGGGUUGGUCUUUGCUUGUGGUAAAGGAGGGUUGUAUCAGGAUGCAAAAGAGAUUUUAUCACAUAUGAAUGAGAAAGGCUUGGUGCCGAGUCCUAAGGCAUACACUGGAGUUAUUGAUGCUUAUGGACAAGCUGGAUUGUAUGAGGAAGCUCUUGUCGCUUUUAACACUAUGAAUGAGGUGGGAAGCAGGCCUAGUGUGGAAACCUAUAAUUCUUUGAUUCACACAUAUGCAAGAGGUGGACUUUAUAAGGAGGUUGAAGCAAUCUUGACCAGGAUGAAUGAUUCUGGCAUACCUAGGAACAGGGAUUCAUUCAACGGGGUCAUUGAAGGUUUUAGACAGGGAGGUCAGUUUGAUGAUGCUAUAAAUGCUUAUGUUGAGAUGGAAAAUGCAGGAUGUGACCCUGAUGAGCAGACACUUGAGGCAGUCUUAAGUGUCUAUUGUUUUGCUGGGCUUGUUGAAGAGGCCGAGGAGCAGUUUCAGGAAAUAAAAGCUUUAGGAAUACUACCGAGUGUGAUGUGUUACUGCAUGAUGCUUGCAGUCUAUGCAAAAACUGACAGGUUGAAUAAUGCAUAUGAAUUGCUGAAUGAAAUGCUGAAUCAUAAAACUUCCAAUAUUCAUCAAGUAAUCGCUCAGAUGAUCAAGGGAGAUUUUGAUGAUGACUCCAACUGGCAGAUGGUAGAAUAUGUAUUUGACAAACUUAAUUCUGAAGGUUGUGCCUUUGGAAUGAGGUUUUACAACACUCUUUUAGAAGCACUGUGGUGGCUUGGCCAGAAGGAGCGUGCAGCAAGGGUGCUGAAUGAAGCAACAAAAAGGGGACUUUUCCCCGAAUUGUUCCGUCGUAACAAGCUGGUCUGGUCUCUUGAUGUACAUAGGAUGUGGCCUGGCAGUGUAUGUGUGGCAAUGUCAGUUUGGCUGAAUAAUAUGGUAAUGAUGUACAAGAGCGGGACAGAUCUUCCAAAAGUAGCCACUAUUGUUGUAGUCAGAAGAGGAGACAUGGAGAAGAACUCUGCCGCAGAAAAUUUCCCAGUUGCAAAGAUGGCUACUUCGUUUUUAAAGGAUAAUUUACCAUCAUCGUCGUUUGAUUUCCCUGAUUGGAACAAGGGUCGCAUUGUGAACCAGAACACCCAGCUAAAGCGACUAUUGUCUGAAUUUCUACCUGCUGCUAAAUCUGAGACAGAAGAAGUGAUUAAACUCACCAAUACCACCUUGCCUCUAUCUUUAUCACGAACAUCCAUGAGGACUAGUAGGAGAGAGAAGCACAAUAGUACGGAUACAGAUACUCGCAAUAGAAGACAGAAAGAGCUUAUGCCUAGUACAGUUUAACAAGGAUGAGAGUCCAUUUGAUUGAUUGUCCACUUUUCAAGGUUCAGGUUUUGCUAAUGACUGUCCUAUUAUGGAAAUUAAACUUCCAGGGUUGUGUUGAGGGCCAAUGCAAAAGCUGCUUGGCAGAAAACAGCCAAAGAUAUACAUACCCUUAUUGCGCGUAACCUGGUCCUUUCAAGACAGUUCAAGACACGGAAUCUCUGCAUAGAAUCCAUGGUUUAUCAGUUUCGACAGCUUAUUGCUACGAUCCAUGGAGCAAGUAGAAUUUCAGGAAGACUAAAGAAGGGAAUUGCUUGCUCUCUGUUAGAUCCACUUGUACAUGAUUACUCAUUAAGAAAUUUUGGGCAUAAGUUCUAGUGUAGUAGUCAGGGAACAGAGUUGAGAAUAGCUGGGUUAUACUUGGUUUGUAUUCAAAUAAUCGGUGUUCUACUUGAAUUCCCCUUGUGUAGAUCCGGUAUGUUUAGAAAAUGAAUCAGAUAAGUUGAAUGUUCAAAGAGCAAAAUUGUUAUAUCUACAUACAGUGUUCUUAAUUAUUA